UGUUAUGUUACUAGGUGUCGGUAACGAUAGAAACGAACACACAACAUUUAUAGAAAUGUAUAAAUGUGACGGAUUAUAUUUUAAAAUAUUAAAAUAAAAUCAAGAAUGCAUUAUUAUUAAGGCAAAGCAUGUCCGUUGCCAGUUUAUUGCCAGAAGAUAAACGAAAAGAUCAAAGAAUCUCUUUGGAGAGCGUCUACAGCAGCCAUUCGCGGCUGAACUUGCUGCAAAAGCGGAAGCGUAUGAAUCCGGCUCAGCCGCAUCAUCGACCGCACGGCGAACAGCGUGUGCUGUCCGCUAAGAUGCACCGACUCAAGGCGCUGCAAAACCAGCUUGCCGACGCGCAUUUUCACUUGCAGGAGCUGAGCAAUGAAAAUAAAAUCCUUCGCUCUUUGCAAAAGAAGCAGGAAGUUGCCUUGCAGAGGUACGACAGUUCGAGCGCGGAGCUUCCGCAAGUUCUGAGCGCGCACAGCGAGGAGAUGCGCGUGCAGCAUGCCAAGUACCAGCAAGCUCGCCGUCGCCUUCGCGAACUCGAGGGCCAGCUGCGAGACCGCGACCUGCGUUUGCAGACUCUGCAGGACCAGCACAACCACCUGCUCAACCUCACGCGCGAUAAGAAUCUACCGGAGCGUGAGAAGCUGCAAGCGCAGGUGAGCGAGCUGCAAGAGACGGCGCGGCAGCAGCAGGAGACGAUCGCCGGGCUGCAGCGACGGCUGGGGCUCGAGGCUAAGAACUUCCGACAUCGCUUGCAGGCCGAAAUCGAAAAGCACCGCGACACACGAAACGACCUAGAUCUGGCUAUCAGCAACGCCGACAAGCUCUCGACCAUUAUCGAGAUUAAAGAGAAGAUGAUAAGCACGGCCGCCGGUCGCAGCGGAGGUAGAAGCUCACCGCCGAAAAUAGCUUCUAUGGCGCAGCUCGCCAGACCUCUUAGUAAAAAUAGGAAACAUGGCGAAGACCGUUCCGGCGAACAUUAUGUUCCAUCGAGACAGGGCGGAGAUUUUCGUGCGCCAAGCGGCUUAUCCGACGAAAACCCGGUGAGUCGUCCCCGAGAUCUUUCCGCCGGCAACGUCGAUCUCGUAAAGGCCGUGCAGGAGGGCAUGGCGAGCGUGGGCAUCCGCGAACAACGCAUCACCUGCACGGAGAACUCGCAAAGUAAAAUGGAAACGAUGAAAACGGAUUUAAUGAAUAGAAUUAGAAAUAACGAGGAGCCCCCGUCGCGAAAGACGAGCGCUCUCCGACGACAGUCGACGGAGGCGAGCGUCGAUGAAUACGUGGUCGAGGAGGUGGGGCGGGCAAGGAGAAGCUCGGGCGUGUCUUUCUACGAGGCCGGUCGCGGCGAAUCGGAGACGGAGCGCGGGACCGGGGACGGGACGCAGACGGGCCGACGCUCGGAACGAUACUGCAAAGAUAUACUCGAGGAUAUCGAGAAGAGCUCGCGCGUCAUCGACGUGCACGUGCGGCAGCUCUCGGCGGCCGCAGGAGCGGGCGAGAGGCUAGCCUCGCAGCUGCGAGCCGUCGACCGUGUCAACGAGCUAGUGAACGCUCGCGGGGACCUUCCCGCCGCAGCGAUCUCGCAGCUUCAGGACGAGUUCGAGGCCCUUUCGCAACACGCGCUGCCUUCGCGUCUCCGUCCGGCCGCCGAUCUCCUCGGAGACCGGGCGCUCUCUAACCGGGAUCUACUGGAUGACUUGCUUGGAAAAAAGUGAAGUCGCGCGUUCCAUUUCGCCCUAUAGAGAUAAACUAUAGUUUGUAAAGAUUCUAUUCUAUUAUUCUAAAGAUAAUUUAUUUUUUGACACUUGUUAAAAAUCUACGGGUUACAAGAAUUUACCAAAAUGUGUAACGAUGAAGCCAAAGUUUUAUAAAAAAAUAAUAUCGUAUUAUAUUAAUAUCAUUAGAAAAAUACACUAUAUGGUGUGGCAUUGUGUAAGUGGGAGGAUUUUGUAACAUUUGUAUAUCUCUUACUUAUUUAAUUGUACUGACAUUUUAUUCUGAUUGUGUGAAUAAACGUCAGUUAUUUGAAUUGAUUGAAAUAAUCUUCCCACCGAUACCAUUUCUACCUAACAUAACCCAAGCUUCCAGAAGCGCCAACUUUUCAAACUUUAGUCAAAGUAUGUGGCAUUUACGAAGCUUUACGAGAGGGGGUUGGUGAUUCCGUUGCUUUCUGUUUUGGCUCCUCUCGGCAGUAGUUAGGUUAGCACCCUUAGACCCUCUAAAAAUUAUGACCAGGAUCCUGGAGGUACCUAUCGUAGGUACAACAAUGCUUGUGCUGACAGUGGUAAUCAGAUACAGACCGCGAAGCGUGGCGGAGUUUACAUAAAUUCUAAUAUUGUAUCGGACCCACGCUUACUUUUGUUUAAUAUACCGUAGGUAUAUUGUGUCUGAGCUUUCAUUUGUGUU